UAUGACUGCGAUUCCAUCGUCUUACAUAGAAAAUGAGAAAAUAAGCAUAGACACACACUAUUCUAUUCCCCUUAUAUAACUUCUUCAUCGUUUCUAUUGUCUCCUGCUAUUCCCUCCGGGGCCCCGCUCCACCAAACUGGAUUUGCAAGCAAUCUUUGUUUCUUUUUUUGUUGCUCAAAUUCCAAUAUCUCCUAGUCAAACGCCGUUAAACCCUGCCCCAUCGGCCCACAUUCUGCCUGUACAGCAGAUUCGGUCUCUGCUUCUGCAGUGAGUCGACUUACUGACGCAGCAGCAAUGGCGGAUCGUAAUAGAAGAUGGGCCAAGGAAGAGUUCUUGACAUAUGCAUACAUUCUCCUCUACAUCGCACUCUCCAGCGGUCAGAUCUUCUUCAACAAGUGGGUUUUAUCAUCAAAGGAAAUAAACUUCCCAUAUCCUCUUGGAUUGACUCUGCUUCACAUGGUCUUCUCCUCUGUUUUAUGCUUCAUGCUUACCAAAGUUCUCAAGAUUAUGAAAAUUGAUGAAGGAAUGACUUUGGAUGUGUAUAUAACUUCCGUCAUCCCAAUUGGUGCAAUGUUUGCUAUGACGCUUUGGCUUGGGAACACUGCUUACCUCUACAUAUCAGUUGCAUUUGCUCAGAUGCUGAAAGCAAUCAUGCCAGUUGCUGUAUUCAUCCUUGGUGUAUUAGCUGGACUUGAAGUUAUGAGUUGCAGGAUGCUUCUCAUAAUGUCAGUCAUCAGUUUUGGGGUUCUGGUAGCUUCUUAUGGCGAGAUGGAAAUUAGCUGGAUCGGUGUUGUUUACCAAAUGGGAGGUGUAGUUGGAGAAGCUUUGAGGCUAAUAUUUAUGGAGAUUUUAGUUAAAAGGAAGGGUCUAAAGCUAAAUCCCAUAUCUCUGAUGUACUAUGUUAGCCCAUGCAGUGCUCUUUGCCUAUUAAUCCCCUGGAUCUUCCUGGAGAAGCCUAAGAUGGAUGAACAGGGGACUUGGAGCUUCAAACCCCUUGUUUUGACUCUUAAUUCUCUUUGCACUUUUGCUCUCAAUCUUUCAGUUUUCCUUGUCAUCUCACAUACAAGUGCUUUGACUAUUCGUGUCGCUGGGGUUGUCAAGGAUUGGGUUGUGGUUCUAUUUUCAGCUCUUCUUUUUGCUGACACGAAGCUGACACUCAUCAAUCUUUUUGGCUAUGCCAUUGCUAUUGCAGGGGUAGCUGCAUACAAUAAUCACAAGUUGAGAAAGGAAGCUUAUCGAGUUAGCCCAUUAGAGCCUGCUCAAUCAGUUCCACUAGGUGCAGCUUCAACCACAACCAAUGAAACAAGAAUAUAGUCUUAAACUAUACUCAGGUUUGUGAGCAAUACAUUGUUUGUCUAGUUCUGGGUAUCCGAAGUGGGGGAUGUGCCUCCCCAGAAGAUGCAUACAAAGGCAAUGUCCAGUAUCUGCAACCGGAGAAGCUAUAAUUCUGGUUCAAUACAUUAAUCUUUGUAGACCACAUAUAUUAUUUUAGCCGAUAGUUUCUAUCUCUUAUUGGUGGCAAUUGAUGGGGAAAAAAAAAACAAAAUCGUAGCCAUGUCUGAAGUUGAGAUUAACAACCUUCGUUUUUAUGCAAGGUUGUAGACAUUGUACCGUUAACAGAUAUAACCUUGACCAUCUUCAGAUGUUUUUACAUUUCUAGCAGCUCCGACAAUUGUACUUUGUAUUGAAUGCAACAGGAGGAAUUCUUCUCGAGCCAAAUUUGAUUUUUGCAUUUGUACAUUUA